CCCUUACUCUAGAUCUCCCAUCAUCAGAAAUCUCCCACCUACAUUCCCACCCUUCCUGGGCUGUGUCUGUCUCAAGUCAUUCACAUUGAGGAGAGGUGCUGCCGGCUCCAUUCCAAGCUGGUGCCUCACUGAACUUCCUGGCCCUCUCUAAGCUGUAAUCAUUCAGACAGCUCAUCAGUUAUCUGGACACCCCCCCCCAUCAUCACGCCUCCUCCUGUCCCCAGUGUUCUCUGUGAUCAGUCAUGCUCAUGUGUUCCCAUCGUCCGCCCUCUGAUGUAGUAAUCUCCUGUGUGUCCCAGGUCAGUGGCUUCUUAGAAGUUUCCCCAGGAAACUCUAGGAUGUCUCUCCCUGGAGACCAAUGAACCCGGUCUUCUGACUCCCUAUAAACCAGCCUGUCCAGUGCUGCAGCAGCAGGAACCUGCAGAUUCACCCUUUUAACCUUCUUAAAGAACCCUUCACCCCCACCCCCACUGGAAUCAGCUUUUCAAGAGUUGACUCUGCCUUUCCUUUGCACUUUGUAAAUCAUCCUGUUACAGAGCACAGGGCUGGUACAAAACCGUUCGCAUCCAUUCGUGUCUCCUUGGAGUGAGGUCUGGUCAGAGGCCAUAACAUCCUUGCUCAAGUGUUUUUCGUCUCCACAAUGAAACCCUCCAGAAUGGAUGAGCUUAGUAAAGCCAAUGGAACGUUUGCCAUCAACUUAUUUAAAAUGUUGGGGGAAAAGGACAGUUCGCAGAACGUGUUCUACUCUCCCCUGAGCAUCUCCUGUGCACUGGCCAUGGUCCUCAUGGGGGCAAAGGGAGACACGGCUGCCCAGAUGACUCAGACACUUUGUUUGGGCAAAGGCGGAGGCAUUCACCAAGGCUUCCAAUCACUUCUCACAGAAGUGAACAAAACCGAUUCCCAGUACUUACUCAGAACUGCCAACAGACUCUUUGGAGAAAAGACCUGCCAUUUCCUUCCCGAUUACAAGGACUCCUGCCAAAAGUUCUACCAGGCAGAGCUGGAGGAACUGUCUUUUGCGAACAACACGGAAGAAUGCAGAAAGCACAUAAAUAACUGGGUAGAAGCGAAGACGGAAGGUAAAAUUUCAGAGAUCCUGGAUAUUGGAAGCCUUGAUCCCCUGACUAAGUUGGUCCUUGUGAAUGCAAUCUAUUUCAAAGGAAAAUGGAAUGAACAGUUUGACAGAAAGCACACCAGGGGGAUGCCUUUCAAAACCAACCAGAGUCAGAAGACUGUGCAGAUGAUGUUCAAGCAUGCCAAGUUUAAGUUGGGCUACGCAGAAGAGGUGCGCACGCAGGUCUUGGAGCUGCCCUAUGUGGGGGAGGAGCUGAGCAUGGUCAUCCUGCUGCCAGAUGAAGGCACUGACCUCGCAGUGGUGGAAAAAGCACUUACGUAUGAGAAGUUCCAAGCCUGGACGAGCCCUGAAAAGAUGAAGAAGGAUAAAAUCCAGGUCUUCCUUCCCCGGCUAAAGCUGGAAGAGAGUUAUGACUUGGAAUCUUUUCUUCGGAGGUUAGGAAUGACAGAUGCUUUUGAGGAAGCCAAGGCAGACUUCUCUGGAAUGUCAACCAAGAAGAACGUGCCAGUGUCCAAGGUUGCACACAAGUGCUUUGUGGAGGUCAACGAGGAGGGUACUGAGGCAGCGGGGGCCACUGCCGUGGUCAGAAAUGCCCGGUGUGCCCGAAUGGAGCCCAGAUUCUGUGCAGACCACCCUUUCCUCUUCUUCAUUUUGCACAGUGAGACCAGUAACUUCUUGUUUUGCGGCAGGUUCUCUUCUCCGUGAAGUGGUGCAGAUGCUUCUCCUUCAGGGCCAUUUCUUUUCUGUCCAGCUUGUCUUUGUUCAGUUCUCUGGGGGCACAGUAGUUCCGGGGUGAAUGCCAGAAUAAAGUGCAUGUACCCCGAAUGGUUGUGAAUGUCUUUCUUGAGUGUUUCUUAGCAAUGGAGAAUGACUGAGUCUUUGGAUGUGUGCAGCUCAGGAGAGGGCUGCUGGUACUUGCAUGGGGGGGGCCUCUCAGCAGAGCUAAGUCAUACUGGCCUCUCGUGUUAACUCUAGUGGCUAACAACAGGAAAAGACCAGGAGACCAUUUGGUUGCAAAGGAUCCAUUUAUUGUACAGAAGGCAGGGUUUAAUUAGCAGAAGGGAACAAAGGACAUUUUUCACAUGUGGCGAUAAUGGUGGGUUUUGAAAGUCAUAACCCUCAAUGGUGAAGGUUCUAAGGAAUGAAGAGAAUUGAUAGUGGUAAAGGGGAGUUCUGGAAUGAUUAGUGGCAAGGGAGAAGCAGACAGAGAGGAGCCUUGACGGCAGAGAGGUAAGAUAGAGUAGUUAAAUCAAAGUGGAGUAUGGGGUUAAGGAAAUAGAAAGGAGAGCCUUUUGGUCAAGGCAGAAUGGUGAUAUAUGGAGUAUGUGUGAUCAAAGCAGGUGAACUAUAGUGAACUUUAAGCAGGCAAACCAUUUGGUUUAUAACAAGGGAAUGAGUUAAGUCUUAGGGGGUGUAGGUUCUUGUGAUGCUUGGGAAACUGACAAGGGGAAACUGAGUCAGGAAAGCUUUUACCUCCAUGCUCAACCCCUGAAAGGGAGAGACUGACAGGUGGGGUUUCUUUUCAGACCUCCAUUUUUAUGAUGGGAGUUUCCCCCAUACUCUUACUAUGCUUUCACAAUUAUCCCCACAGGGGCUAGAUGGGUCCUGGAAGCUUCUACCUCUCACAGGCUCUGUGUGUGUCUACCUAUCAGAGAAUGGCCAGCACCCCCGGCUACUGCCUGUUGUCUGUGGUUGCCUUCUAGAGCAUGCCCAGGACUCAAGAGCCCUCUGUGUUUCUUCCAUCCUAUAGGGAGCUCAGUCUUCUGCCUCCCACCAUGUAUGACUGUUUGUAUUUUCUUUCUCAUCGUAGUUUUUGUAGUUUACUUUUAGAUAAUGUAGAUCAUUAAGUUAUAUCUGUUAGAGUACUAUUAUGGAUACCGUAAAUAUUUACUCAUAUUCUUCGUGAUUUAAAGAAACACUGUUAAAACAAUAUGGUCACAAGUGUGUGACCAAUUCUGUUAUCAUUACCUCCCGCCUGGCUUGCUGCUUGUGAAUUGAACAGAAAAAGGGCUUGGCUAUUUUGAUUCACAAUUAUCAGUUCCAGGAACCAUUGGUAUUACAACUCUUAUUUAAUAUUUGCCAAUCUAGAAUGUGUUCUUUGUCAGAUCACACUUAUUUAGAGACCAUACUUCCAAAGCAGUCUUGUUCCAAAAGUAAUCCGUAGGAUCUGGUGGGUAUGUGUUGGGGGAGUGGUUUCAGAUCCUGGAACAUGAUGGCAGAGGAGGACCCAGUGGGGAUAGAAUUGUUAUGUGGAAAACUGGGAAAUGCUAUGCAUGUACAAACUAUUAUAUUUACUGUAAACCAUUAAUCCCUCAAUACAGAAAUUUAAAAAAUAAAUCAUGCAUUUGUUAAUUUUAAUCUUUUACAGCCUCUAAUUAAAAAUAUAUGUAUAUAUACUGAGAUCUAUCUAUCUAUAUAUAUACAUAUAUAUCAGUAUAUAUUGAAUUAUGAUGUGAGUAAUUUUUAUGUACUUAACAUACACAAUUUGGUAAGUUAUGAUAUAUGGCUGAACCUAUAAGCUUAUCAACAUAAAAUAAUAAAGGUAUGUGUCAAACCUCUUAA